GAGACGACGCGGGGGAAGUGAGGCCAAAAAUCCCCACAACCCCUCAAAAUCAAAGUCUUCAAUGCCCGAAACCGACCGCCCAGGCGCCCAGCCCUUCCUCCCUUCCGCCACGACUUCCUCAGAACCCCCAAGAAAUCGCCCUCCCACCGCCGCCGCGCAGUUCCCGCCCCAGCGCGCUCUCCGCCAACCCAAACCCUACUCGCCGUUCAUCCUACUUUCCUAGUUCAAUCCCAAUCCGUGCGGCGAUUGCUGCGCUCUCCCGAUUUCUUUUCUUCUUUUUUACCCCUUGAUUUCGAGGGAUUUCUUUCCACUGCGUUGCCUCAUUCUGGAACCGCUCCAGCAGGAAGGAACGAAAGGUUCGUCUCCUUCUUCACGGAUUUGCGGCGCUUUAAUUUGUAUGGAUUGGUUGCUUGGUUGCAACUUGGAAGUGUUCUGAGCUCCCUCUGUUUCUUGGACCCAACAAGCAAAGAACUUCUUCUGGAUUGUGCUCGUUGAUUUGAUCCCAACUGCCAAGUGUCAACCCACUCUGAAUUGGAAACUGCCGAAAUGGAUAGAAAUGUUAAACAAGAUGUCGCAGCUUCCUGAUUUCAACCACACAAAAACCGCCCAAAUCUAAUUUCUUGACAGAAAGGGGGCAAAAAGAUUUCCCCAUUUCUGAGGAAUGAGGCUCCUGGUGCAUGUCAUCGAUGCCCGCAACCUCCCGGUGAUUAAUGCCAACGGGCUCAGCGACCCAUACGCGAAGCUGCAGCUAGGGAGGCAGCGGGCCAAGACCAAGGUGAUCAGGAAAUCGCUGAAUCCCGCCUGGGACGAGGAGUUCGCAUUCCGGGUGGGGGACCUCAAGGAGGAGCUCCUGGUAUGCUUGCUCGACGAGGACAAGUACUUCUCCGACGACUUCCUGGGGCAGGUCAAGGUGCCCCUUUCGGCGGUGCUCGAUGCCGAUCACCGGUCACUCGGAACACAGUGGUACCAGCUGCAGCCCAAGAGCAAGAAGUCCAAGAUCAGGGAUUGUGGAGAAAUCCGUCUUACUAUAUCUCUAUCACAAAGCUACCCUGAAGAUACAAUGACACUUGCACAUUGGGCUUCAGAUGACCUCGCAUCCAGUUCAGACAAAUCAACUGAACUAAAGAAGGGAUCUUCUUUGCCAAAUAUUCCUAUAGAAUCAUCCACGUCACAAUCAGGGAGGGAUGAACUAGAAACCGCCAAGGAGGAUAAGUCGAAUGUUGGUUCAUCAUUUGUCAACCGGCUCUACCAAUACUUUUCAGCGAACCCAAAAGAUGAAGAGGCUUCUCUUCCACCUCUCUUCAAGCAUGACCGCAGUUUGGAUAUUCUUGAAGAAACAGCAUCAACCAGCUCACAGAUUUCUGAUAAGCAGGAUAGCGAAAGUAGUGUAAAUAUGUCCUUUGAUGAACUACUAAAAGCCUUUGAGUCUCGGCAUGAAGGAAAUGAAAUGCCUGCAAAUUUGUCAGGUGGAGUUCUUGUUGAUCAAGUUUAUGCUGUUGCACCUAGUGACUUGAAUACACUUCUUUUCUCACCAAGUUCAGACUUUCUGCGAUCAUUGGCUGAUAUGCAAGGAACUACUGGUCUGGAUAUUCAACAAUGGAGACUUGAAAAUGAUGGUGCGGUCUUGAAGAGGGUAGUAAGCUAUACAAAAGCUGCUACUAAACUAGUUAAGGCCGUGAAAGCAACAGAGGACAUGACAUAUCUGAAGGCAGAUGGAGAUAGAUAUGCAGUUUUAGCAGACGUCAGUACUCCUGAAGUCCCUUUUGGCAAUACUUUCCGGGUGGAGAUUUUAACAUGUUUAAUGCCUGGGCCUGAACUAAAUUCUUCACGCCUUGUAGUCUCUUGGCGCUUAAAUUUUGUACAAAGCACCAUGAUGAAGGGCAUGAUAGAAAAUGGGGCAAAACAAGGUUUGAAGGACAACUUCAAUCAGUUCUCUGAGCUCUUGGCUCAAAAUGUCAGGCCAGUUGAUGCAAAAGAUACGACAGCAAAUAAUCAAAGCUUGUCUUCAGUGCAACCAGAAAGAGAAUCUGAUUGGAAACUAGCAUUUCGAAUCUUCGGAAAUUUUACUGUGGUAUCCUCAUUUUUUGCAUUCAUUUAUGUUUUUUCACAUAUCAUCCUUGCAAGUCCUAGUAUAAUUCAAGGUCUCGAGUUCCCUGGCCUGGACUUGCCAGAUUCUGCUGGUGAAGUUGUAGUUUGUGGAGUUCUUGUUCUACAAGGACAACGUGUCCUAAAUAUGAUUGCACGGUUCAUCCAAGCAAAGAGGCAAAGAGGCAGUGACCAUGGAGUCAAAGCAAAAGGGGAUGGUUGGUUGCUGACUGUUGCUCUGAUUGAUGGGACCAACUUAGCAGCAACCAAAUCAUCUGGUUACUCUGAUCCAUAUGUUGUAUUUACUUGCAAUGGGAAGACAAAGACAAGUUCGAUUAAGUUUCACACCCUGGAGCCUCAGUGGAAUGAAAUUUUCGAAUUUGAUGCCAUGGAAGAUCCACCGUCAGUGAUGGAAAUAAAUGUGUAUGAUUUUGAUGGACCCUUUGACGAAGUUGCCUCCCUUGGUCAUGUUGAAGUAAAUUUCUUGAGAUAUAGUAUAUCUGAGCUUGCCGACAUCUGGAUUCCUCUCAAGGGAAAGCUGGCUCAAGCAUGUCAGACAAAAUUGCAUUUGAGAAUUUUCUUGAACAAUUCAAGGGGUACAGAAAUCGUGAAGAACUACCUAGACAGAAUGGAGAAAGAGGUCGGCAGAAAGAUUGCUGUGCGAUCACCUCACACAAACUUAGAGUUCCAGAAGAUCUUUUCAUUGCCGCCAGAAGAAUUCCUUAUCAAUGAUUUUACUUGCCAUUUAAAGCGCAAGAUGCUCACACAGGGUCGCUUGUUUUUAUCUCCAAGAAUUAUUGGGUUCUACACGAAUCUUUUUGGUCACAAAACAAAAUUCUUCUUUCUUUGGGAAGAUAUUGAAGAGAUCCAAUUGGUUCCUGCAACCCUUUCUUCAAUGGGAAGCCCAUCUCUGCUGAUUACUCUUCGCAAGGGCAGAGGAAUGGAUGCAAGGCAUGGAGCAAAGCAACUGGACGAGGAAGGGAGGCUCAAGUUUCAUCUCCAAUCUUUUGUGUCAUUCAACGCGGCACAUAAAACAAUAAUGGCACUGUGGAAGGCGAGGUCCUUGACCCCUGAAGAAAAAAUUCAGUUGGUUGAAGAGGAAUCUGAAACAAAAGACCUCCAAAAUGAGGAAAGUGGAUCUUUCUUAGGGAUAGAGGAUGCAAAAAUGUCAGAAGUAUUUUCAUCUACAAAACCCUUCGAUGUGCCAAUACUCAUGGGCAUAUUUGAGGGUGGUCCUGUGGAGCAUCGAGUCAUGGAGAAAGUUGGUUGUGUGGACUACUCUGUUACUACAUGGGAACCAGUCAGGGCUGGUAUUUACCAGAGGCAAGUCCACUACAGGUUCGACAUGAAAUUGGCACGUCGUGAGGGGGAAGUAAUGAGCACCCAACAGAAGUCCCUGCUUCCUGAUAAGAAUGGAUGGCUUGUUGAAGAAGUGAUGACACUUGAAGGUAUCCCGGUUGGUGAAUAUUUCAACCUCCAUAUUCGAUACCAGUUGGAGCAGAUUGCAUCCAAGCAGAAGUCAUGCUCUGUUCAAGUAUUUAUUGGCAUGGCAUGGUUAAAGAGUUGCAAGAACCAGAAGAAGAUCACGCAAGAGGUAAAAUCUAAUGCUUCUUCUCGCCUCAAGAAGAUAUUCAGUCAGCUAGAGAAGGAAUUUAUACCAGCCAGCUAGGAACCCUUUUUUCACAUCCUACUACUUUGCUGGUGCACAUAUGGAGAACCGAAAAGCAUCUUCUGUUGAUAUCCUGAGUUUGAGUUUCGGCGAGAAGUGUACAUAGUCAGGAUGGUCUGAUGUAGCAUAAUACAACAUGCCCUCAAAGAAGGGCCCUGGUCCAGCUUCAGAUUGGAGAAUUAACAGCAGGGCCAGGAAUGUGUUUUGGUUGAUUACGAAUACAUGAAUGCUUGAAUACUGUUGUAUGCCUUCAAGUUAUAGAUUAGAGGGCCCCUGGAGUUGUCACUCCCUGAUAGGUAAAUAGAAAAAUUGAAAGACAUCUGUACUCUUGCAAAUUAACAAAGAGAAAAAUUGUAAGACAAUACCAGAACAAUUGCUCCUUCUGGGUUAGUGUCAUUAUCUGGAUUGGUAUGUUAUGUCUGUGAUAUUCA